GGACGACUUUCCCAAUCAGUUGCAGCACGAACCCGGCUGGUACUCUUCUCAGCUCGUGUUCACCUCUGGGGGGCCAGCCCGCCGCGCGCCGUCUCGCCUUUCUUCUUGACCAUCUUUACGACUGUCGAAUGCGAGUCACUUGAUUCGAUCGCCGCUCGCCGCCUUACAUUCCCUCGAAUCUCCGCGUCACUCUCUCUGCAGACUAGCUCGGAUGCACCUAUCGCAAACCGCUGGACAGGUCGAACGAAUCAACUUUGCGAGCCGUUGAUCGACACUCGCCAGCAGGGUCUGACUGAGCUAAGCUGCCAUCGAUCUGCUCACAUUGGGCUCACCUGGGUAGCGAUACACGUGGAUAAAGGUAUGUGCUCGUUCUGCCUCUAAUUACCCUUUUGGAAACUUCCUCGCCCACCAUCUGUGUCGCUGCCACCGCCUCGAUCGAAUGCUCGAAUGAGCUCCCGUCGCCUCCAUGUCACUUACUCUCUCACAGCCGAUUACGACCGAGUUCGGCAGCAAAUACACUCAUGAUUUUAACACAAGAUUCUCGAUUGCUAAGUCGCGUUUCUCCCCCAAGGCCCGGGUUACAGAUUCGCCCUCGCCGGUGAGCUUUACGCGGAUUGGCGUCGGCCUGGACGAAAAGAUGUCGACGCCUCAUCAUACUCAUCGAGGUCUGCCACCUCCUGCGGCAAUGGCAUUACCCGAGCCAGCCAGACCUGGACCAUCAACUGCUCUGAGCUCUCAGUUGGGCGCUAUACCGGAACCUCCAAGGCAAUGGGCAGGUCAAGAAGACCAGAUGCGCAAUUGGCUCGCCGCAAAGGCAGAGGAGGACAAGCGAAAGCAGGAAGAGGAGAAGACGAGGCAGGAAACGCUUCGGCUUGAGCAACGAAGAAUCGAGUCGGAAAUGUUGCGAGAGUCAUUACGAGCUGGUGUGCCGCCUGCCAUGGUACCGAUGAUCUAUGCUGGCAUAGGAGGUGGGAACCUAUUCAACAUCAGCAUGGACUGGUUACAACAAUAUGCCGGCCAACUGCAAGUCUCGCAGCAGCAAUUGCAACAGGCUUCGCCAGACAUGCGAAGAGAUGGGAGAUUGGUUGGUCCACCAGCUCCAGCAAACUAUCCAGGAGGUCAACAACCUCAGGUCCUCACUGGCCAACCAACGAAUGAACCACAACCACCACCAGGUCCGUUGCAGACGACCUUCCCCGCGUAUCAACCUGCACCUGCACCAGCCAGACAGCAGCAACAGCAGCAGCAUGUGUCUGUCCCACGAUCAGCAACCCAUACCCAACUUCCUAAGCUUACCACGAACGAGAUGUACGUUCACCAACCGCCUGCGCCCUCUGUCACCUCCCAUCCUCUGCAACAAAGCCAGACGGUCCAGCAGGAACAGGCCACAUCGUCGCCAUCCAUCUAUUUUCACCAUUGGGUGCCUCCCCAAGAAGCAAAGUCGAAUCAGCAGCCACAGACCCCGGCAAAUAAGAACGAACCGAGCUCAGCACACCCAGGAUCCAGUCUGCGCGAAGAUUACAAGGAGUCACCACGAAAGCGAAAAGCCCCAGGCGAACACCAACCCAACCCUCCACCCCCAGUCGGCCCACAGUAUACGUCGCCAUCCUUCUCGAACACGUCGAGCGGAUCUCGGCAAGGUGGUCGUGGACAUGCCCGCACCCGAAGUAACGCGUCGUGGAGCCGCGAAACCGACAGUAGGCCCGAAAGUUCUUCCAACCGGCGAGACGAGCCACCACCAUCGAUACCAAAACGAGAUUCUGGCCAGCAAGAAGAGAUUGGCAGCAGUCAAGGCGGCGGGGACGAGCCGCCACAGGGUCAGGCAUCGUAUGCAAAGGACGAACCCUCGAGGGGCCCUUCGGCGGCGCCCUCUGUCGCCGCUACGGAUCUGUCGCGUUUCCGGGAAGCGCAUCCAGCAGAACCGCGACCAGGGUCGAGCUGACAUCGGGCGUGCCCAAACGCAAAUGGCCUUGCACAAGUCCAGAGACGACUUGUCAAUUCUAUUCUGGCGGCCUGUCCGUGACGAGCGAUCCCGAUACCUACAGUGUAGGUUCCAAAUAUAUUCGGCAUCAUAGUUUUUGCAUUCUGAGGUUAUAAACGAGGUGGCGAAGCAGUCAGGAUGACUUCGGAUUCGAGAUUCGAGUCGGUUUGCCCUUUCGCAUGCACAUAUUUGUCUGCAUACUUUUAGGAUGUUCCAGGUCAGAUACCCCUACACUUUGGUCGAUGCCAAGUCGGCUUGCGUGAUUGUCGUGUCGUUGCUGCGUUCAAGCGCUUUCUUCUAUGGCACGAGGGAUCACUUUACUCAGAUAGUCAGCAGACGUCGCGGGGCGGCGCAGGUCGAGGAAACUUGUCGACUGCUGGUGUUCUUAUCGGUAGAGAUUGGCUAUGUAGAUGCCAUGAGAUGGCAACAAGAAAUCUGAAUUCAAUCUUGAUGACACGAAGUCUUUAUCUCUGCGCACAUGGGUUCCAAAGUUACGUCCAGAUGAGCAGAUUGCGACGACGUG